GAGGAGGCGGUGACGGAGCUGGUGGCCGCUCAGAGCAACCUGUCCUACAAGCAGCUCCCGCUGCGCCUCUACCAGGUAACCAGGAAGUUUCGGGACGAACCGAAGCCCCGCUUUGGCUUGCUGCGCAGCCGGGAGUUUUACAUGAAGGACAUGUACACCUUCGAUGCCUCUGAAGAGGCGGCGCGGCAGACCUACGACUUGGUGUGGGAUCCUGACGGACAUUUUGCGGCCAACGUGGAAACGUUAAAUGGGGAGCAAACGUCUUGCCCCACCUGUGGGGAAAAACUCACCCAGACCAGAGGGAUCGAAGUGGGGCACACGUUUUAUCUGGGCACCAAGUACUCCUCUGUCUCCAACGCCAUCUUCUACUCCCCCGAGAACAAACCCCAGCUGGCAGAAAUGGGUUGCUACGGCCUGGGUGUCACUCGCAUCCUGGCAGCCUCCAUCGAGGUCCUCUCUACGGAGGACAGCAUCCGUUGGCCGAGCCUCAUCGCGCCCUACCAGCUCUGCUUCAUUCCCCCCAAGAGAGGCAGCAAGGAGGAGGAGGAGGAGGGAGCCGCGCUGCUGGAGCGGGUGUACGACGACCUCGCCGAAGUGCUGCCCGACCUCGCCGACGACUCAGUGCUGGAUGACAGGACGCAGCUGACUAUUGGCAAAAGGUUAAAGGAUGCCAACAAGCUGGGUUAUCCCUACGUGGUCAUAGCCGGGAAGAGGGUUUGUGAGGACCCCCCGGUCUUUGAGGUCUGGAAUCAGAACAGCAGCGAGGUUUUGUUCCUCACCAAGGAAGGUGUCAUUGAGUUGCUGAGUAAAGUGCAAGUCCCUUAA